CCACGCCCCAGUGCGCUGUGGGAUAGUGGCAGUAUAAAGUAUAUCCUCUCUCGGACAGAGAUAAGAAGCCCAAGGCAGGAGGGGAUGAAGAUGGCGGACGCCAAGCAGAAAAGGAAUGAACAGUUAAAACGGUGGAUAGGCUCGGAGACAGACCAAGAGCCACCUAUCCUGAAAAAGAAGAAGACGAAGGUGAAGUUCGACGAUGGCGCCGUGUUUUUGGCAGCCUGCUCCGCCGGCGAUACCGAGGAGGUGCUACGAAUGCUGGACCGGGGAGCUGACAUCAACUACGCCAAUGUAGACGGUCUCACUGCCCUACAUCAGGCCUGCAUAGACGAUAACGUGGACAUGGUGACGUUCCUGGUGGAGCACGGGGCGGGCAUCAACCAACCUGACAAUGAGGGCUGGAUCCCUCUUCACGCUGCGGCCUCUUGUGGAUAUGUGGACAUAGCCGAGUAUCUAAUCAGUAAGGGUGCAAGUGUGGGCGUGGUCAAUAGCGAGGGGGAGACGCCAUUGGACAUCGCCGAGGAGGAGGCCAUGGAGGAGCUUCUGCAGAACGAGAUCAACCGACAAGGAGUGGACAUCGAGGCGGCCAGGAAGGAGGAAGAGAGGAUCAUGCUGCGAGACGCGCGGCAGUGGCUCAACAGUGGCCAAAUCAACGACGUGCGGCAUGCCAAGUCGGGCGGCACGGCAAUGCAUGUCGCCGCUGCCAAGGGAUACACCGAGGUUUUAAAGCUUUUAAUCCAGGCAGGGUAUGAUGUAAAUAUUAAAGACUAUGACGGCUGGUCUCCCCUCCACGCCGCAGCUCACUGGGGGAAAGAGGAGGCAUGUAGAAUACUUGUGGAGCAGCUGUGCGACAUGGAAGUCAUCAAUAAAGUGGGUCAAACAGCGUUUGAUGUAGCCGAUGAGGACGUCCUCGGCUAUUUAGAGGAGUUGCACAAGAAACAGAAUCUGCUUAUGAGCGAGAAGAAGGACGUGAAGAAGUCACCUUUGAUAGAAACUACCACCACUGGGGAUAACAAUCAGUCACUGAAACCACUGAAGAGCAAAGAGACUCUCCUGCUGGAGCCGGAGAAGACUGCGCCACGCAUUGAGACCUUGGAGCCAGAGAAGGUGGACGAGGAAGAGGAGGGCAAGAAGGACGAGUCCAGCUGUUCCAGCGAAGAAGAGGAGGAGGAAGACUCAGAGUCUGAAAAUGAAGCAGAGAAGAGUAAACCGGCCACUACAGCCAGAGAUACCAACAGCACAACCCCAGCGCCAGCCACAGUUUCCUCCCCAACUAGUCCAACCAACCAGGUGACCCCCACCUCGCACGUCAAGAAGCUUGCCUCGUCUGGUGGCAAAGUUUCGCCCAGGGACGACAGCAAGGAUGAGUCGCCGUCCUCGUGGCGCCUGGGUCUGCGCAAGACGGGCAGCUAUGGCGCCCUGGCCGAGAUCACCGCCACCAAGGAGGCCAGUAAGGAGAAGGACACGGCCGGCGUGAUGCGCUCUGCCUCCAGCCCCCGCCUGUCCUCCUCGGUGGACAACAAGGACAAAGAAAAGGUAAGGAGAAAACCCCGACUGGCCUAUGUGGCUCCCACCAUCCCCAGGAGGCUGGCCAGCACGUCCGACAUCGACGAGAAGGAGAACAGGGAUUCUGCUGCUAGUUUGGUACGCAGUGGCUCCUACACCAGGAGACGCUGGGACGAUGACCUGAAAGAACAGUGAAGGAACCGCCAUGGGAGUUCAUUUGGCUUGUCCGGUUCGUUUGGACGGAGGAACGAGGACUCCUCCUCCACCACCACCCCCUCCACUACCACCACCUCCACCUCCUCCACCCUGAGCGGCGGCUCCAGCGUCACCUCCCCCUCCGGCCACCGCAGCCUGCUGUCCAGCCUGGGCUCGGGUUCGUCCUCCACCUCUAGCCGCCCCUCCGCCACCAGCCUCUCCAGUACUGGGCGGGAGGAGAGCGCGGAGAGGGAGAAGGAGAAAGAGAGGGAGUCGGCCGCGGUCAUCCCCACCAUCAACACUGCUUCCACCACCACCACCUCCACCUCCACUACUGGCACUGUGCUGGGCUCGGAGAGCCGAGAGCGACGCAGAUCAUACCUCACUCCUGUCCGGGAUGAAGAGUCGGAGUCUCAGAGAAAGGCCCGUUCCAGACAGGCCAGACAGUCUAGAAGGUCCACCCAGGGGGUGACCCUGACCGACCUGCAGGAAGCGGAGAAGACCAUCGGGCGCCCUCGCCCCAGCACGCGCCGCGAGGACGAGAAGGACGAGAGGGAGAAACAGGACAAGGAGAAACAGCAGGAGGAGAAGAAGGAGACGGAGACUAAAGAGGAUGACUACAGGUCACGCUACGAGAGCUAUCAGCGCUACCGGCCCGGCUCGUCCUCCUCUGCAGCCAACACCACGUCCAGCGCGGCGCCCACCACCACCUCCUCCAGCAGCUCGCUCUACUCCUCCAGCGCUCUCAACCGCCCCAACAGCCUCUCCGGCAUCACCUCCACCUACAGCCGCUCCUCGCGUGACACAGAGAAAGAGUCGGAUAAGAAGGAGGAGGAGAAGGAGGGCGAGGACAAGUCCCAGCCGCGCUCCAUACGGGAGCGCCGACGCCCCCGAGAGAAGAGGCGCUCCACCGGGGUCCCCUUCUGGACUGCGGAUAGCGACGAGAAUGAUCCGGAUCAACAGUCCGACUCAGAAGAGGGCAGCACUAAAGGCGAACCACAGGUAACCCCCUUUUCUAGGAACGACUCGACUAGCACUUCCUCCAUCGACCGUUACGAGCACCUGUCAAGCCGUGGCUAUGGCGAAGGGCGGAGGCCGUACAGUAGCCGGCUGGAGAGAGACGACAGCACUGAUUAUAAGAAGGUAAGACCUUACGAGCAGAUCCUAGCAGAAAACGAGAAGCUGAAGGCGCAGUUACGCGACACGGAUCUGGAGCUGGCCGACCUGAAGCUCCAACUGGAGAAGGCCACACAGAGGCAGGAACGCUUCGCUGAUCGCUCGCAGCUGGAGAUGGAGAAAAGGGAAAGAAGGGCUCUAGAAAGGAAGAUUUCUGAGAUGGAGGAGGAACUUAAGAUGCUACCAGACUUGAAAGCAGAUAACCAGAGACUAAAGGAUGAAAAUGGAGCCCUGAUUCGAGUCAUUAGCAAGCUUUCCAAAUAGAACAGAACCUUACACACACCCCCCCCCCCCCCCCCCCCCACACCCCCAUUCACCUGCUGCCCCCCUUCUCUCGGUGUCUGUGCCACCCCCCCACGUCCCAACCCAUGGCAGCAAACUAAUGGUAUUGCACAUUUAGAUAUUAAUUGCAAACAGACAUGAGUGACAAGAAAAGCUCCUUCUCUCCUGAUCAGUCUUUUCUCUGUUUUUUACACCGUUUUAUUUUCUAUUUUUUUCCCUCUCUCUCUCUCCUUUGUAUCCUCUUUGUACCCCCUUUUUGCUCUCUCCUCCACUGCAACACUCACCCCACCCUCCCUCACACGUUCUCCGUUAGAUUGUUCAUAUAAAAUGAUUAUGUUUCUUUUACACCGCUGACCCUAGACAGGACCACUGAGUUUACAGCAAGCGACAGCGGUGCAAACAGCAUUCAGAAGAAGAAGAUAAAAAAAAAAAAAAAAGAUAAGUUGAAAAUCCUAGUGGGCAGGGAACGCCUCGAAAACUAUUUAACCAAUAAGCCUUAGUUGUAUAUAAAUGAAAGAAGGAAGACAAUGAGAAACACUUCGCUUUGAUCUCUUGGGAUGUCACAGAAGAACAGUUAUAUUCACCACCUUUUUUUUUUUUUUUUUUUUUUUUUUGUGCCACAGAAUUUUUUUCUUUCUUUCUUCCUUUCAUUUAUCCCCCCCCAUGUCCCCUUCUUUCCUCCCCUCCGUACCAAUGUCUGUGUUAUAAAGGGGAGUUCAGGCAUGGUGCUGGUCUCCCUCAAGCCCUGUGUGUCACACCCCCCCCUUGCCCAAAGUGCCACACAUGUCCUCACGCCUCCCUAAAGGCCUGGAGGCUCUGACCUUCCAACAUUCCCCUUCUGUGCUUCUGGACACACACAUACACACAUAAUCACACACACACUACACACCACACACACACGUCUCUCCCCAUGCCUCUGGAUGAACCUGUGUGUUGGCAUGAUCCUCUAGGAGGGCAAACGAAUUUCUCGCUUUACUGAAACAGGUGGACCUGGUGGAAUUUAAGCUUUCACUGUAUGUGCAAUAUGCAUUUCUUUCAUAUUAAAAAAAAUGCUUUAAUGACGAGUCCCAUCACUAUUAAAGGGUUUUCUCCUUUUUCGUCCCCCACCUCCAUCGCUUGCUCCCACCUCUCCUCCCUCUCUCUUUCCCUCUCCAAUUUUUUUUCUCUCUUUUUAAAGUUUGUAGUGUAGUCGUUGGUUUAUAUUCUUAAAUCCUCACUAUGUUUUUAGCAGGUACUGAGUGAAACUGUAUAUACCUGUAUGUAUCGUUUGAGACCAACACAUGGCAUGCGUUUAUGGUUCCCGUCUGUUACUUAUUAAAAAUAUACAAAUUCCAGAGGACAAAAAAGUGUGUUUUAAACUUUUUCUUUUUCUUCCUUUCUUCUUUUCCUUUCUUUCUUCAUCAUCUUUUAUAGCCUAAAGACAUUGAAUUACAGUAGAGCUACUCCCUUCUAUGAGGGCUACAGCUACAGUGUUCAGUGCAUCCUUUUUUUUUUUCAGUUUUUAAAGUGUUCCACAAACAUUGCUGAGAUGAGAAUAAUAAUAAUAUAAUUGCUUCACUACAUUUCACACAUUUGUAUUUAGUCUCCUUGAAAGAGUGUUCAUUUUUUUUCCCCAUUUGUUUUUUUUUUGUUUUUUUUUAAACCUGUAGUAUAGAGGUUUUUUUUUUUCUUUCUUUUUUUCCCCCCCAACUCGAAGAAACGAAACAGAUAAAAUCCCUAUGUUAUCGCUAACCCAGUCCUGUUUCACAGAUGUCUACAUGCACUGUCAAUGCCAUGUGAGGAGUCUUGUCCGGUUCGUAGCGAACUUGCCACCUUGUCGAAUUCAAGUCCAUGCAAUGGUAAACAUGUUUUUACGCUUUUUUCAGUGGCCUUUUAAGAUAAAAAAAAAAAAUAAUAAUACUGUAGUGCUGAACACAGAACGUCGCUGUAGUUGGACUGUCAGCUGUCUCCUCAUUGGUUUAGAUCUUUUGUUUUUGUUUUCAUCCCCUUUUUAAAUACCCCAUUUAUCUUGUAAAAUAGGCGUGUGGCUUCAUACAUGCAAGCUGUGCUGUGACUACCAACCACUGAAGAGUUCAAUAAAAAUAAACUUGUACAUUGUAAA